UCUGAACUGGGUUUUGGUCCAGUUUCAGAUUACUAUGUUUGUACAUUUCCAAUUCUUUUCGGUCGAGUCUAAUCCAUAUUGGUCGGUAUAAACCCCUUAUUUGGCCCUAAAUAAGCUGAACAAGGCAGACUAGGGUAGAAUGGGGGUCAAAUGGAAUCUAAUUGACGUGCCAUAGAACAAAAUUUGGGUUUCAUAAAGAAAAAGGAAAAGGGUAAAGCUCCAGCCCCACAGCUCGAGUUGGUUUGUUGCAUUUCACCUGCAAUAGUGCAAUGCCAUCAAGGAAACUGACAACACUUUCAAUAAUUGGAGCACCAAAUUGAGAAGCUGAAAAAGUGGCAAUACACUGGUACCUUAUGCCACUAUCACCCUAAAUCAUUUCCCAAUUGGUAAAGAAACGAUCUGCGAAACCCAUCUCCGGCGGACGGAAUGUCUACCGGGGGAGGAGCGUCAGUGUCGUGGAAACUGAAGAAAGUCGCCAAAAAGCUCCUUGUCCAGACCUGUGGCUCUUUCUCCCGGAGAGACCACGACUCCGCUGUUCUUGACACCACCGCCACGGCUAAUGCAAGCUGCCCUCUUUCUAUUUUCCGCAGUCCGCCACCGCAGGCAAUUCUUGAUUCUCCGAUCAAUGCAGAGCCCUCAAGUAAUUCUUCUCAAGUUAAACCUUCUAGACUUGCAUACCAAUCGGAUUCCACUUCUUCUAAGCAGAAUGUGUGUGCCAUAUGCCUCGACCCAUUGAAUUACGGCUCAAGCAGCAGUCCAGGCCAGGCUAUCUUCACUGCACAGUGCUCUCAUGCUUUCCACUUUGAUUGCAUCUCUUCAAACGUCCGACAUGGCAGUGUUUCCUGUCCCAUUUGUCGUUCACUUUGGACCCAACUGCCUCGCAACCUACAUGCGCGUUGUUCCUUGCAUCGCAGUCAAGGCGAUCCUAUUCUACAGAUCCUGGAUGACUCGAUUGCAACUUUUAGGGUUCAUAGACGCUCCUUUUUACGCUCUGCUCGUUAUGAUGAUGAUGAUCCCGUUGAACCUGUCCUCUCAACAAACCCCCACCGACUCCAGUUCUCUUUAAUACCUGUUCCCCUAAUUCACCCUAGCUAUAGUCAGUGCUCAAAUCACUCCAUCAGAUGGAACCACGUUAUGUGCAAUCCACUCUCGGCUAAAAGAGCGUACCUUUCCGUAAAAAUAGCUUAUCACCAUGCUACUGACAUGGUCUUAGUAGCCAGCCCUAAUGGGCCCCACCUGAGGCUUAUGAAGCAAGCAAUGGCGUUAGUGGUGUUCUCUCUAGGGCCCAUGGAUCGGUUGGCUAUAGUGACUUACUCUUCUGCAGCGGCACGCAUCUUCUCUCUCAGGCGCAUGACGUCAUGCGGGAAGCGGGCAGCCCUACAAGUAAUUGACCGGCUCUUCUAUGUGGGGCCGCAUGCAGAUCCUACAGAAGGGCUGAGGAAAGGGGUAAAGAUACUUGGAGACCGUUCUCACCAAAACCCUCACUCUUUAAUGCUACAUCUGUCUGACAGCCCUAUAAGAUCAUACCAUCCGUUAGCUACAGAUGUGCCACUCACAUUCCACAAGUUUCAUGUUGGGUUUGGCUUCCGAAGCUCAAACGGGUUCAUAAUGCAUGAACUUGAAGGGUUUCUUGCAAGCAUUCUUGGGGGAGCUGUCAGAGAAGUCCAGUUGAGGAUUGGCGUGGACUCGAGGAUUGUGAGGCUAGGUGAAAUUAGAGCUGGCGAGGAGAGGAGAGUGCCAUUGGUUCUUGGGGAGACUGGAAAGGUGCAUGUAGAGUACAGCUAUGAGGACUCCAUGCUUGGUGGUUCUGCCGAAACGGGAGUGAUAGUGGUGGGCAUUCAUGAUAAGAGAGAAAGCACUGUAGGCACCAUAGAUAGUGUCCAGACCAUAAUGGGAAGGACUGGCGGUGUUGGAAAUUGGCAAUACCAUGAUCCUUUCAUGGCUAGAAGAUGGGCAAAACAUUUGCUUGGCUAUAGGGGAUGAAGAACUUCUUCUGCAUAUGUUAGAGUAUAUUUCUUUUACACUGACCAAUUCCUUGACGUGUUUAAAUUGAAACAUUGGUAUUGAAGCAGAUUGUACUAGAUUUUUCUGAGUGAUCUUUGUACAGAAGCCCAUCUGCAUGACUGCAGUGAUGCUAUAAAAUUCAAUUCAGGUUCUGGUCUUCUUGGAGUUAAUGACAUUGCCAGAUGCUCAAAGUCAUAGGCUGAUAUGAAAAGGCUAAAAGAGCACCCCAAUUGAGGGAUCUAAAUAUCAUUUUAGGUAGGUGCUAUGUAAUACCCUGUACUCAAUUAAAUUGAAUGAGUUUUAAUGGUUCAUACCGGCCAAAUGCCAAGGUGAAGAGAUACCGGUGAACGAAUACAGCAACAUAACUCCAGAGUCG